CCGGGCCAGAGGCAGUUCUCUCGCAGUUUAUUGAUUAUUCUCCAUCAGAAUCAGAAUGAAUAUCCAUCGUGUUCUGAUGUUCUGCUUCUUAUCAGCACUUUGUGAUGGAGACACCGGGCUCAUCAAUACGAACACGUUGGUGCGUGCUGAAGGAGAAAGUGUCAUGGCCGCAUGCCCCUUCACUCUCUCUGGAAGGAAGAAGUUCCUCUGUAAGGACGAAUGUAAAGCAGGAGACAUUCUCAUUGAAACCAAAGGCAGCGUAGCUCAGAGAGGCAGAUACACCAUCAAAUAUAAAGAAGGAGCUUUUCCAGUAUCUUCUACAUAUCUGUAUGUGAGCAUCACACAGCUGAACAAGUCGGACUCAGGACGCUACAGGUGCGGUUUGGAAAGACCUUUCUUACCUGAUUCAUACUGGGAGUUUGAGAUCAGGGUCACAGACGCGCCGGUUUUCCCUGAGAGCGUCGAGCAGCCUGAACAGCAGCAGCAGGCGGAGGAAGCAGCUGCAGCUACAGUUAAAGUCUCUCAUCCAGGUUACAUCCUGCCUUUGGUUUUAUUUGUCACUGUGCUGUUUGCUGCUGUUGUGUUGCUCCUCUACACGUGGAAGACGAGGAGGGAGUCUGAUGGUCGGACGACCAGGGGUCCGUCAGACCACAGAAACAUGGAGUUUGCCACCCGUGAGAAUUGUGCCCCAGUCUCUCCAGCUGUAGCCGAAGCCAGUCGAGACCGAAUCUACUGCAACCUCUGA